AUGGACUUUCUUCAGCCGAUGGAAGCAAAGAUGGAUUUGUUAAUUACAAAAGUGGAUUUGUUAACCUCAAAGGUGGAUUUGUUGGCGACCAAUGCAGAUCUACAGGAGAUUUUGACCUCACUGAAGGAAGUUGCUGAAACCAAUGGCUCUUUGACGACGAAAGCAGAGAGCAGUUCGUCUGAGGAUGAAUCAGAAGAUGAUUCUCAGGAUGACAAGGUGAUACUUUAUACUUCUGAUGAGGCAUCAAAUGUAAACUUGCUACGACAGAAGGCAGCGCCGCCUACUAGCAAGGUUGCAAGCAGUUCAGAUUUAGCAGUUAAAGAAUCUGAUGAAGAGGCUGCUGAGAAUGGAAAUAUAGCUGCACUUACUCCUCCACAAAGCAGUGUUCAAACGAUUUACGUUGAAGGAUUUGGCUCUGCCCUUCCGGAGGAUGAUAUCAAGACCGCAUUAAGUGAACAUUUUAGUACAUGUGGAGAGAUCACAAGGGUUUUUGUUCCAACAAGCAUUGUAACCGGUGCUGUCAAAGGAUUUGCUUACAUUGAUCUAAAAGAAGACACAAAGAAGGCGUUGGAACUUAAUGGUAGUGUUAUGAUUGGAAAGGAACUUGUCGUUAAGAAGGUUCUACUUAUGAGAGAUUCCUACACUGGCCAUUCUGGUAGUAAUCUUGGUUCAGGCGGCCGAUUUGGCGGUGGUCGCAGUGGAGGUUAUGGCAUGUGUAGACGCUGUUGA